AUGGAGUCAAGCAAACAAGAAGUAGUCUUUGAGCUACCAGUGCGUCUCCGAGUUCACAAAGAUUGCCAUGUGGAGAGGCCAAGACCCGAAGAUUUUAUCCCUCCUUCAACCGAUCCCAUUACAGGAGUUUCGUCGAAAAAUAUUGUAGUAGUCGCAGAAUCCAAAAUCACUGCUCGCCUAUUCCUACCUAAAAUCACAGAUCCGAACGAAAAACUUGCCGUCCUUGUUUAUUUCCACGGAGGAGCCUUUGUUGUAAACACACCAUUCACUACUCGGUUCCAUAACUUGGUAACCAUCAUUGUUUCUGAAGCUAACGUUGUUGCUGUUUCUGUUGACUAUAGGAAAGCUCCGGAGCACCCUAUCCCAGCUGCAUAUGAAGAUUUAUGGGCUGCACUCAAAUGGGUUGCUUCCCAUUCUAAUGAAGAUGAACUUGAGUCUUGUUCUGGUGUUGAUAUGGCUCACAAUCUGGCCAUGUUUGGUGGGAACCAGGAGCCGGGGCUUAGUAUUGGGCUUCUUAGGAUUGCUUUGGUACACCCUUAUUUUUGGGGUUCGGUGCCUUUUGGAACGGCGAUUUAUCCAGAUGAAAAGUUCUCUUGUAAGGCCGUUUUCAAGAAUACAAUUCUGAAAAAUAAUUAUAAUCAACUCUACUAUAAAACACACGUUUUCAAGAAUACAAAGAACAACCAUAGCUUCCCUCUCAAUCUCUCUCCAAAUUCCAUGGAGUCCAGCAAACAAGAAGUAGUCUUUGAGCUAACAAUGACUCUCCGAGUUCACAAGGAUGGUCAUGUAGAGAGAUUAAGACCCACAGAUUUUAUCCCACCUUCAACCGAUCCCAUUACAGGAGUUUCAUCGAAAGAUAUUGUAGUAGUUCCAGAAUCCAACAUCACUGCUCGCCUAUUCCUACCUAAAAUCACAGAUCCGAACAAAAAACUUGCUCUACUUGUUUAUUUCCACGGAGGAGCCUUUGUUAUCAACACGCCAUUCACUACUCCGUUCCAUAAAUUUGUAACCAACCUUGUCUCUGAAGCCAAUGUUGUUGCUGUUUCUGUUGACUAUAGGAAAGCUCCGGAGCACCCUAUCCCAGCUGCAUACGAAGACUCAAUGGCUGCACUCAAAUGGGUUGCUUCCCAUUCUAAUGGAGAUGGACCUGAGCCUUGGUUAAAUAACCAUGCUGAUUUUCAACGAGUUUUUUUGGGUGGUGAUAGUUCUGGUGCUAAUAUUGCUCACAAUUUGGCUAUGACUGCUGGGAAUCCUGAGACGGGGCUUAGCAUUGGGCUUCUUGGGAUUGCUUUGGUACACCCUUAUUUUUGGGGGUCGGUGCCUGUUGGAUCGGAGGCGGAUUAUCCAGAUGACAAGUCUGUAAUUAAUCGAGACUACGUGGAUCGAGUUUGGCCAUUUAUUUGUCCAUCUAACCCGGAGAACGACGAUCCACGGGUUAAUCCAGUGGCAGAAGGUGCACCACGCCUAGUGGGCCUGGGGUGUAAGAGGGUGCUGGUUUGCGUGGCCGAGCAUGAUGUGAUGAAAGAUAGAGGCUGGCUUUACUACGAGGCAUUGAGCCGAAGUGGGUGGAUGGGUGUGGUUGAGAUAUUUGAGACACAAGGAGGGCACCAUGGAUUCUAUUGUAAUGACCUGGAACCUGAGAAAUCUAAACAGUUGACACAAAGACUGGCUGCUUUCUACCAGACUGAUGCGCCUCUAUUUCGAUAGAGGGAGGACUUCCUGCUCUUGCUCUUGUUAUGAUCUUAUUAAUUUGCGAUAUCGUCUCCUGCUUAAUUUGUAUUCAGCAAAAGUCAUGUUGUUGCAGUUUCUGUUGAUUAUUAAUUAGUUUGCUCUAAGCGUGUUUCACGUUGUAAUAAAUUCAUGUUAUUCGGUAA